AGCGGCGCGCUCCGGGACGUCGCCUAGGGAAAGGGGACAUGGAGAUGUUACGCCGCUCGUCCGUGUUCGCCGCCGAGGUGUUCGACCGCUCGCCCACCGACAAGGAGCUGGUGUCCCAGGCCAAAGCGCUGUGUCGGGACUACAUCCAAUCCAGGCUGAGCCGCGCCGGCGUCGGGUGGUCCAAGCCCGAGCACGUCGCCUCUUCGUGGGGGACCCACGGCGACGUAUCGGCGGUGCUGUUGUGGUUAGGCGACGAGCUGGAGUAUUUGCGUCCCAGCGUCUAUCGCAACGUGGCCCGGCAGCUCAACAUCACGGUGGCGUCGGAGAGCGCGGUGACGGACGCCUUCUUGGCGGUGGCGGCCGACAUCUUCUCCACGGGUGUGACAUGGGGUAAGGUGGUGUCUCUGUACGCGGUGGCCGGCUCUCUCGCCGUGGACUGCGUCCGCCACGGCCACCCUGCCAUGGUCCACACCAUCGUGGACUGCGUGGGGGAGUUCGUCCGCAAGAGCCUGUCCGCGUGGCUGAAGCGCAAAGGAGGAUGGGCGGACCUGACUAAAUGCGUGGUGAGCACCGAGGUCGGUUUGCAUUCCCACUGGUUGGUGUUGUCGCUGCGCACCUUCGGACACUACAUCCAGGCUGUGGUGCUUUACCUCCUCAGAGACAAGUGACGGACCCCCCCGGCUCAUGAGGACACCCCCAACUCCCCCACACACACCCUCACUAUCAGGAUUACACACACAAAAAAAAAAAAAAAAAACUAUUUCGGGUUAGACACGUUGCACAAGAGUUUGAAACGCCUUACAGAAAUAUACUUUACAAUAUAACUUGCACUUUCAUUUCAAUGUUGCUGGUUUGUUUUAUUUCUUUUUAGUAAAAGAAAAAAAAUUAUGAGAGGUGAUCAACUUGCCUCACGAUUCGUUGAGAAGAAUGACAUAAUGUACGUAGUUGUUUUUCAAUCUCAUGCAAUUAUGCAGCCGUCUGCUUUUAAAACGCCACCCGCCGUUAUAAAUAUUUUAUCUUGAUUUCAGGUGCGACGCUGUUCCUUCCAUUCCUUCAUUUUAAGUUUUGUUGCUGGCUGGAGUUAAAUAAGCUGCCCCCCCCCCCAAAAAAAAAAAAAAAAACUCCAGUAGUCUCCAUUUUGCACAUGGCUGCUGUGUCUUCCUGCAAAACUCGUGAGCAUGAGGUGCCUGUGAGCAAAACGGUCAUGCUGCCUGUAUCUACAGCCACUUAUUGGCUAAUUGUCCUUGCAUCGAGCCACAUAUAUAGUGAAUCAGCACCUUUAGACGGGGCCAGAGAGAGAUUUUGUUUUUCAAAGAUAAUUUUAUGAUAUCCUGCUGUCAGGUCAUAGCUGUCAGCUUCAAUAUGCAUGACGGUGUGUGUUUUUUUGUUUGUCUGUCUGUCUGUUUGUUUGUUUUUUUACUGCCAAAUUUAAGCUUUCAGGACACCGGGCAUCACUGUUUCUAGGAUUUGGCGCAUUUACCAACGCAGAUGUCAAAGUUGUUAAUUGGAAUAAUAUCAAACAAACAUUAUUACAUAUAUUAUCUGUUGCUAUUUUAUUUUUCAAGGAAACAAACAAUGGAGAAAAUUUUGACGACAGGUGACCCGCUACAGUUUCUCCUUCCACACCAUAAGCAUUGGUUCUCUGUCAUCACUUACUUUGUGAUCAUAUACAUUUUUUUUUGUGUGUGAAAAGAGACACUCAACAAUCAAGCACGUUCUGUAUUAUGGAAAUGAAAAUAAAAUAUCUCAAGCAAUA